CUCAAGGCUACGUCCAGCCGUCUGGAACCUGCGGGAGCAGGAAACGGUCAGCGGAGAAAUAUUUUAAUGUUUAACACUUUAACUGCUUUUACCUUUUCUAUUAAAUAAGAUAUGCAUGCUGUUAAAAUGUUAUGUAAAGUCUGACUAUCCUUUGCUGUCAGCUGGCUGGCAGUUAAAGAGUUAACUCUCAGCCUUCCCAGAGUUCUGAGUGAUUGUUGUGUCACUGAGGUGCUGUGCAGCAGGUAGGGCUAACUCAGGAGAGAGCGAGAGAGAGAGUUAUAGAGAGAGAGAGAGUUAUAGAGAGAGAGAGAGAGGGAGAGAGGGGGCACACAGCAAAGGAUGUGGUACUGAGCGUUUGAGCUGCCUGGGAGUCAUACAGCACAUUCUUCAAGACUGAAAACUGAUGUUUCUCUUCUCCUCUGGAGAGCCGCUGGAGAGCGGGGAUGUGAGAGGGGAUGCGGGAGGUGACGAGUCCAGUGUCCUCGUAGCUGUCAGGGUGAGACCUCUUAACAACACGGAGCGCAGUCAAGGGGACCAGGGAGUGCUGUACUGCCCUGGCCAGGGAACCAUACUGGUGAGUGAGGCUGGCUUCGUCCUUGAAACACGUCAAACACAUUUUUUUGUGUUUAAGUUAUCCCUUUUGGAGGGGAAGUUUCUUCCGAGCCUUCAAGACUUCUUCACAAGCACAGCUGGUGUUCUUCAGAGCACUGAAUUUGUUUUACAGGUAAGCCAGUUUGUUUUUUCCUUGCAGGUGAACAAUGGCGUGCAGGACCGGGCCUUCACCUUUGACGCGGUUUUCGAAGCCGGGAGUUCGCAGCACGAUGUCUUCGAGCAGUGCGGGGUGAAGAGGCUCAUCGACCUCGCCGCUGAUGGGUUCUCCUGCACAGUCUUUGGUUUCGGACAGACAGGAUCUGGAAAGACUUACACAAUAACGGGUCCACACUCCCUGUUCUCGGACGGUCUGAGGGAGCGCAGUUUCUACGGUCUGAUGCAGAGAUCGUUCGCCUAUCUCCUGGACGAGGUGCAGGCUAAGGAGGGUGACUUUGUGCUCAGCGCCUCUUACCUGGAGAUCUACAAUGAGCAGGUACGUGACCUCUUGAACCCUGGCCUGACCGACUCGCUGACCGUCCGCUGGACCAAAAACACCGGCUUCUAUGUGGAGAACCUGUCCAACGUGGAGUUCGAGAGCCUGGACAGCGUCAUGGCACUGCUAGAGGGAGGUAUCGGGAGCAGACAGACCUCCUCUCACUCCCAGAACCAGCAGUCAAGCCGCAGCCACUCCAUCUUCACUGUGUACAUCGAGAGCGAGGUGGCUCACCCUGAUGGAAGAGGGGGGUAUCUGGCCAGACACGGCAAGCUGUGCAUGGUGGACCUGGCCGGGAGUGAGCGGGUGAAGGAGACGGGCUCCUCUGGGGAGCUGAUGGAGGAGGCGGGCAACAUCAACCGCAGCCUCCUCACCUUGGGGAACUGCAUCUCGGCCCUCGUGGACCCCCGCAAAAGGGAGGGGCACAUCCCGUACCGGGAUAGCAAGCUCACCAAGCUGCUAGCUGAUUCGCUGGGAGGGUCCGGGGUCACGCUCAUGAUUGCCUGCAUCUCCCCGGCAACCAUGAACCUGCAGGAGACCAUGAACACGCUACGGUACGCCAGCAGGGCCAAAAGGAUCAAGAACAGACCCGUGGCUAAACGGGACUCGAAAGAGAGGCGGGUGAUCAGCCUGGAGAGAGAAAUCAAGUUCCUGCGGAUGGAGAACCUCUUUCUACGGCAACGGCUUCAACUUCCUGUGGUCAGCAGGAAGCACUGGCCGGAAAACGGAGAAAGUGGCAGCACCUGCAGCAGCGAGCACGGGGGAGUGGAGCCGGCCGAGCCCCUGAAGAAAGUCCCUCCCUUCCCCAAGCACAGCCUGUACGACCUGCUGCAGGAGUUCAUGAGGGAGAACGAUGCCCUGAGGCAGGAGAGGAGCGCUCUGCUGAGCAGUCGGGAGAGCUCCAGACAGACAAGGAAGAUGCUGUCGCAGGAGAACGGGAGGCUGAUGCGCAAACUGGAGGACCUCGAGAGGGUGAUCUCUUCCUCCCCACUGACCAUCAGCACCCAAUCAGGCCACUCCACUGAGAGCAUGAGCAGCUGCAGCAGUGGCCAGUGCCCCCACUUCUCCUCCCCUCUGCACAGACAUAAGCAGGUUGCAGUCUAUCCCUGUCACCCUGGCCAUCACUGCCAUGGCUGUGCCUCUGACAGCUCUUUACAGGUACUGUCUUACAGCUACAAUUUGAUUAGGGUGAAGGAUUCCAUUCUAUCAAUGCUUUCCUAUUGGACACAGGCCUUAUACCCCGCGGAAUGGUACGCCAGACCCCGUCCCUUUGUGUCUGUGGAAGACCCCGCCCCUCUGAUUCCCCUCCCACAUGAUCAACUAGACCCGCCCAGGGGAGGGGCUAGCCUGACCGACCAGCACAGUCAGUCUUCUGGUCUCUUGCUCCAGGUCGAACUGCCACCAAUUGAAUUCUUCAUCCACGAAAACAAAGCAAAGCACCCUCCUGAUCCCCAGGGCGGCUUGCAGCAGCCCCAGCCUGCAUUGAAUCAACAGCAGAGUGUGGACGCCAUCCUGCCCCGGAGGAAAAAGAGCCAGGCAACGAGUGGCAGCUACGCAAACCGCUUUCAGCUCAUGAAGGAGACUCGCACCCAGCCAGGCAGCACCCCUCCCCAGAGAUCACAGGACAGGGUGCUGCCCUCAGCCCCUCCGCUCCCCAGCCCCCCUCACCUGGAGACGGCAGUGCUACAGCCCAGGCGCGGCAGGGUGAAAGCGGAGCCUUCCCUACCCAGACAGGAGGAGCUCAGAGCACAGGUCAAGAAGGAACACCCUCGUCACAUGACCAGGGAGCACGAGCGCCAUGGCAACGCAGAGAGACGGCAGCCUGACAGGACCAAACACCCGUCCUGAGAGCAGGCCUGUACCGGGCCUCCCGACUGUCUCUGUUUUCCCUUUUUUUUUUGUAGGGACUCCCAAUUGAUUUUACGCCUUGUAAAUUGGAAUUCUCAAAAUAAAGACACAGUU